AUGUUGUCUGAAAUUUCAUUUGGAUUUAUUUAUCUUGUCCGUUUAGCUCUCAUCCCUCUCAGUAACUAUGCCCAAGACUCACCUCAAGAUUAUGUAAAUGCUCAUAAUGGGGUUCGUUCUGAGGUGGGUGUUGCUCCUAUAACUUGGAAUGACACUGUAGCGGCCUAUGCAAGAAACUAUGCUUACCAGAGGAUAGAGGAUUGCACUGCUGAGUAUUCAGACGGGCCUUAUGGUGAGAACCUUGCUAAUUGGAGUGGUUCAGGUAACUUAUCGGGCAAAGAUAUUAUAAAUAUGUGGGCUUCUGAAAGAUUUUUCUAUGAUUAUGAUUCUAAUAGCUGUACAAGAACCAAGUGUGACAAUAGUUCUCACAUGUAUAUAAUGCCCUGUAGAAAAGGCAAUUGUGGGAAUUAUACUCAGAUUGUAUGGCAAGAUUCGCACCAUCUUGGAUGCGCUAAAGCUACUUGCAAAGAUGGGGGGCACGUCUUUUAUUGCAACUAUGACCCUCCUGGAAAUCUAGCCGGUCAGCGCCCUUAUGAUAACAAUCCACCGGCUGCUCGACCUGCUCCUGUACCUGAAGCUGAAGCACCUCAGCCGGAUUCGCCAUCACGUUCUAUUUCUCCUAAUCCUCAAGCACUGACACCAAACUCUCCUUCUGUACCACCCCACAACACUGAAGACGAAACAUUGAUUGUAAUUUUAAUUGUUGUAGCAAGUGUCGUCAUUGUUGGCCUAGUUGUUAUUUGGAUUAUUUUAAGAUGGAAAAGGAAGCUGCAUAAAAAGGAACAUGUCUUUGUUGUGUCAUUCGGUGAUGAAUUUGAAGAUGGAACGGGACCUAAGAAAUUUUCCUACCGUGAAUUAGCUGAUGCAACGAAUAACUUCGGGGAGAAACUGAAGCUUGGUGAAGGUGGGUUUGGGAUGGUCUAUAAAGGUUUCUUAAAGAACAUGAAUAUCUUUGUUGCCGUUAAGAAGAUUUCAAGACAAUCUAAACAAGGGAGCAAGGAGUAUAAAACAGAGGUAAAUAUAAUUAGCCGAUUGAGACACAGAAAUACGGUUAAGCUUAUAGGUUGGUCGCAUGAAAAAGAAUUGAUUCUCGUUUAUGAGUUCAUGCCUAAUGGCAGUCUAGAUUCUCAUCUCUUCAAAGGAAAAAGUGUGCUACCAUGGAUGGUAAGAUACAAAAUUGUACAAGAUGUAGCUUCAGCUUUGCUAUACCUACACGAAGAAGGGGAUCACUGCGUAUUGCAUAGAGAUAUUAAAUCAAGUAACAUUAUGUUAGAUUCAGAUUUUAAAGCUAAACUUGGAGAUUUCGGAUUAGCUCGACUUGUUGAGCACGCAAAAGGGUCAAAAACCACUGGUUUUGCAGGAACAGUGGGUUACAUGGCUCCUGAAUGUCUCACAGCAUUAAGCACGGCUAGUAAGCAGUCGGACAUUUAUAGCUUUGGAGUAGUUGUGUUGGAAGUUGCUUGUGGAAGAAGAUCAAUAGAGCACAACUGUGAGGAGGAUCAAAUUUCACUGGUUCCUUGGGUUUGGGAGUCAUAUGGAAAUAGAAGGAUUCUUGAUAACGCUGACAGCAAAUUGUGCAUGAAUUUUCAUCCGGAACAAAUGGAAUGUUUGAUGAUUGUUGGGCUCUGGUGCGCACACCCAGAUCGUAAUCUGAGGCCAUCUGUAAGACAAGUUAUACAAGUUCUUAAUUUUGAGUUACCAUUGCCCGAACUUCCAACUAAGAUGCCCGUCCCCAGGUAUGAUAUGCCUACUGCUCCAAUUGCAAGUUCAAGUAAUCAGCCCUCCCAGUCUCUAACUAUUCUUCGUUGAUCUAUAUAGACUAUCUUUCGACUUAAUUUUAUGAAGUGCUAUGUAUAUUUUAGCACGGGAGUUUGAUGUCUAACGACAUAAUUAUUUACCUCUCCAAAAUUGCAGCCAGUGGUUUCAUUAAGUAUAGAUACCAUGGAUACGCAAUCAAUUAAUAAGAUAAACUCUCAACAAAUUUGCCAAACGUUACUUUUAA